AUGGCCCCCAUCGCAAUCUCAUCUAUUGAAGCGUUGCCUGCUUCCCCACUGCUUAACCUCAAGCAGAAUAACAAUGCGAUGACAGAUCCCGACCAAGUCGCUCGUAACACUCUUGCCGGCCCAUUGAAGUAUACCGGUUUGUUAGAAAAAUACUCGCACUUCGAGGUUACCCCUUUCGAUUGGACGCGAGUUCGGACCUGA